UCAUUUACGGCUAUUAGGAACGAUGAUAUACAUAAUGAAUAUAGAUGUAACACUACUAGCUAGAAUUGUAGGAACAUAACUAUUCAUGAUCGCCAUAUCUUGUGUACAUAUAAUCUUAAUACCAAGUGUCUGUAUCCAUAUGCGGUUUCUGAGAGUUUGCAACCGAUUGUUAUGGCUAUGUUAUUGUAGGUUCACCGGUAAAUUACCAUUAAUUGCGUAUAAGCAAGCAUACCGAUAAGGAUGGAUUUGAAUCAGAAGACAUUCCACUUAAGACGUCAAGAGUCUCUGCGGUCACCAUAAAAGCGUUAUUAACUUGUUUUCUAGCCUACUCUAACAACUGCAAGCCACAAAGCCUCAACUUUUUGCCCCUUGUCUCAAUCUACCAACAACAUGGACCAAGGUUCUUCUGUCCUAACAAAUGCAGAUUGGUUCAAGAAUAUCGAGAAAAGUAAAAAGGAGCAAAGAGGACGAGAUCUCAGUCCAGAUCAUGUUCUUCUAGGUAAGUAUGUUGUAAGCUCAUCAAACGUAGGGCAUCCCACGCAUAAACCCUUUUGUGACCUCUUAAGAUUGUAUAAACAAUUCUCGGUUUUGCCUAAACUGGUUUUCUUACAAGCAUAUACUGAAAGUUUUCAAUUCAAGAUUUGCAUCUCUUAUGUUUGAUUUUAUUUAGUCUUCUACAGUAUUUUUUCCUUGGUUGGUGAAUACCAUUUGAAAAAAAGAAGAUAGAGACUCUGAUAGUUAUAAAGCACAUGUUUAGUCAAUUGUUGAAGAAAGACUAACUUGGUGAGGUGGAGUUAUAACGUUGUUGAUAAUAGAUAGAGCCAACGUUUUAUAGUCAUCUAUUCCUCAAUCCUCAAUCAAUCACUCCGCUGGUUGAUGAGAUGUCAAAUUGAAACUGCGUUAAGUCACUCUCGUAACUCUUUUUAUACGUUUCAUAACUUAGAGAGUUAAUCAUCACUUUAAGCUGUAACUGGUAAAUUAGAAAAAGGAAUAAAUGGAAUAGAGAAAAAUUGACUAAGAUGAAUGGAACUUAGAUUGUUAUGAAAUGUGAAAAUGUGAACAUAGUGCAAUUAAUUAGAUCAGAAAUACUGGAUUUCGAGCCCUAUAAAAAUGGUGUCAAAUUAAUAAAGAAAAAAAAUAUAUUAAACAGUUUAAAAUGGUGAAAAUAAAACCGUUAGAUGUAAGACGUGGAUUUUCAUUAAACAGCUCAAAAUGGUGAUAAUAAAAUUGUUAGAUGUGAAUCUUCAUAAGAAAUCUAAUUGUCAGUUGUAAAGGGGUUUAUAUAAUAUUUUUUUAUAAUUUGUAAUUAGAUGAUAAAUCAGUGUACAAAAAAACUUUCAAGUUUUCACAUUUAUGUAUAUGUAAUCCGAUUUGGAAUGACUACUGGGAAUUGAUGACUAUACAUAUACACUACCUAAACUGGAAAAUACAGUUGCCUAUGGAGAGUUAAAAUCGUUUAAACUGGAAACUUACCGUUGACUUGUUGUAGCACUUGAACUACAAAAACAAAAACAAAAAAAAGACAAAAAAAAACAGAGCAACGAAUCCAACAUCACCAACAAACACACAAACUGUGUGUCUUCUUGUCUUGUUCCUCUCUUCUGCCCUUUUCUUGAUCCUAGAGAAUGGCUCUGAACAGUGAGUCUUCGGAAGAAUUUAGUUUUCCAUUGCUUGCUUCCCAAGAUUCUUCCCAAACUUCCGGCUCCGAUUCACCUCCAUUGUGGAAACACUCGCCGGAGAAAACCCGCCGGAGAUAUGACGACGGGAGAUUAAUCAUUGGAAGAUACGAUGAUGACGGUCAGAGGAAGAGCUUCUCUUGUGUGGAAACGAGAAGUCUUUGGAACGUUAAUGCAGAGGAGAAAAUGGAUAUGUUGUGGGAAGAACUCAACGAAGAACCGCCGCCGCCGCCGCCGAGAAGCCAGAGUCUUAGGAUCGAUCUCGGCGGAGAUAAGAGAUCGUCUUUGUUUCCCGACGAGAGUUCCGCCGUGGGGUGCGGUAUGAAGUUAACGAAGAAGAGACCGUCAACAAAGAUGAAGAUGAGUACGAACGUGAUGGUGUUGAUGAGGGUAUUGAAGAAAAUUCUUGUUAUUCGGAGUUCGUCUCAGAGAUCACCGGCGAAAACUCAUCCACGGUGAUCUCACCGUGAUAACUUUAGAUUGAGGGGUUUUUAUGUAGAAUUCAUAAAUUACGGGGCUUUUGUUUAGAAAAAAAAAAUAAUAGCCUGAAAAAAAAAUUACAUUUGUAGUUUGAUUGGUUCGCAACAAAUAAUUUUCGAGGCCUGAAUUUUAAGAACAUAU